AUGAAAAGUUCUAUCACCGAGAAACUGAGUCACACUUCAGGGUUUUGUGAGAGGCCUAGGAGUUUGCUUGAUAUUGGAGAUCUCACUUUCUACUACAGAAUUCUCUUUCAACUCUAUGAUUAAUAUAAUCCCACUACUACCCUUGCUUUCCAUCUGACACUUGUUCUGAGAAACUGUAGGUAGGAAGAAGAAAGCAAUGCCCCUCUUUGAGCCUAUUCUUUUGGGCCAGUGCUUCCUAGAGCCAGUGCCAAGCUAGACAUCUCCUCGGUGCUCACUCAGGCAAAAGACAGGCUGGGACCUGACCAUAGUCCCAUUAAAAAGCUGCAUCUUGUGAGUUUGGUUAAUUAGGGUCAAGCUACAUUUUACGCAGUUUUUUCAACUCCUGUGCGUUUAGCAGUCACGAUUAAGCCAGGCCUGCCACUGCUGCUACAAUAAAGUGUAGCACCCACCGUCCGCCCACACAGUGGCGAAGUAGAAUUAUCAAGAAUUCCCCAAGGGGGCGUUGGAGCGCUAUGGAGGAGCGGCCGACCCGUAAAGCCGCGUGGUGUCUCCGUCUACUGAAAAACUCUCCGACGCCCAACUUGAAAGACAUUUCUCUACCUCUUCGGGACCCAAGACGGCCUGUGGCUCCUAGCUCAAGCGUCUGAGCGUAUGGCCUGUGCCUCCGACAUUCGGGUGACUGGGGAAUGUAAACAAGAAUAAGCUGUUUGUCUCCUGAUGGCUUUUGCUGUAUACUGACGUAUUAUUUGUGAUGGCAUCUGAGGCUGAGAAGACCCAUGCUUUACUCCAGUCUUGUAGCACUGAAUCUCUUUUUUCCAGCCUCGGUCUGGGAAUAUUUUGCCUAGUAGCUGACAGACUUCUUCAGUUUUCAAUAAUUCAGCAAAAUGACUGGCUUCGAGCCCUCUCAGAUAAUGCAGUACAUUGCGUGAUUGGCAUGUGGUUGUGGGCAAUUGUCAUUGGAGUCAAGAAGACAACUGACUUUGGAGAAAUCAUUUUAGCUGGAUUUUUAGCCUCUGUUAUUGAUGUAGACCACUUUUUUCUAGCUGGAUCUUUAUCUUUAAAGGCUGCUUUGACUCUUCCACGAAGACCUUUUCUUCACUGUUCUACCGUGAUACCUGUCGUGGCUCUGACCUUGAAGUUUACUAUGCACCUUUUCAAGCUCAAAGACUCAUGGUGCUUUCUCCCCUGGAUGUUAUUUAUAUCCUGGACCUCACAUCAUAUCCGAGAUGGAAUUCGUCACGGCUUGUGGAUAUGCCCAUUUGGAAAAACUUCUCCUUUGCCAUUCUGGCUUUAUGUCAUAAUCACAUCCUCUUUACCUCAUAUCUGUUCAUUUGUUAUGUAUUUAACAGGGACCAGACAAAUGAUGUCUGCAAAACAUGGAAUUCAGAUUGACGUCUAAAGUAACUGUAUGCCACUCUGAGAGAAGGAAAUGGUUCAGAUGAUAAUUAAGGGUAGCUGACAUUAUAAAUUAAAAAAUAUAUAUUAAUUAUUAUAAUUCCUGAAUCCUCGUGCUCAGGAGGCAUGUACCCUUUUUUAAAUAUAUAUACAUAUAUAUAUAUAUUUGUUGUAAUUUUACUUCUCUCUUCUAUAAUACACUAGUACAAUAUUAGAGUUUCAUUUAUUCCAUGACAUAUUUUUAUUGUGUCUUCUGUUUAUCUGGCUUUACCAAUAGCUCUAGUAGACUAACAUCCAGUUACAUUUUCUGGAGGUAUACAUUUAAGGCAGUCCACUUCAGGAUGAAAAACAGAUCAAAUUGUAGGGUGCCUAAUUUGAAGGCAUUUGUGUCCACAUUUUCCUGAGACACUGAAACAGUGAAAGAGCCGGAAUAAAUGAGAUCCUGAAUAAGACGUAUGGUGACCACUAAGAUUUCUUCAUUUUCCUCUAUGUUGAACCUGAGUGAAGUUUGAUUUGCCAGGUACUUUAGUGAGUUGUGAUUACUGGUAGAAUCUGUGCCAGUACACUUGUAAGAAAUCAUCAUAUUCAUAAAAGAUAGUAACUAAUAUUAGAUCUAGAUUAUUGUUUCAGGAAUCACUUUAGGAAAUAAUUAUUGUAAUAUGUUGCCUGUAGUAACAUUACUCAAGUAUUAUUUUUUUUAAAGUUCAUCUAUUUAUUUUGAGAGAGAGAGUGUGCUCAUGAAUGGGGGAGGGGCCCCUCUCUCUCUGCCCCUCCCCCGUUCAUGCUCUGUCUCUCUCUGUCCCCAAAAAAAUAAACGUUGAAAAAAAAAAAAAAUGAAUGGGAGAGGGGGAGGGAGAGAGAGAGUCCCAAGCAGGCUCUGCUCUGUUGCACAGAGCCUCAUGUGGGGCUUGAACUCACAAAUCGAGAGAUCAUGACCUGAGCCGAAAUCAAGAGUCAGACUCUCAACCGACUGAGCCACCCAGGCGCCCCAGUAUUAUUUGUUUAGUAUCUUUGCCCCCGAAUCCCAUGUGUUAAGGUUUUAACUGUUCUGAAAAAACAUAAUUAAAUUAACAAAAUAUUAAUACAUGGCUUAUAACCAUGGAAUUUGAAUUCACACAAAAAAAGGACUUACCAGUAAUGUUAUUUCAGAGGUAAACUCCUGAGGUGUCAUUAAAAUUGUUUUAGUUGCUAUCAGUUUGUUUACACACUAUUUAAAAAUAUUAUACCAGUUAAAUAAUUUUUAAAACAUAUGCCUGAUGCAGAGAGACAAAACAUACGUUUUUCAAAAUGAAGGCAUUUCAGGAAAUUUGCCUUUUCCUUUGUCCUUUCAGGUUAACCUGUCAAAAAUGAUUAACCUUUAUUAGAGAAGGAAAAUUUGGUUGCUAUAAAAUUUUACAUUUUCACAGUUUAAUGUCACUUUGAUAUAAACGUCAGUGCCCUAAAGACACUUGCUUUGUUUUUUUGUAUCCUAUGUGCCAUCUGCUGUCUUUGGAUUUUCUCACACAUUUGUGAUUUGUAAUGCUAGUGAUUGUGUGCCUUAUUCUCUGAGAAGUGCUGAAGCAACGCCUUAUCCAAAGCAUAUUCUUCUUAUUUAUUAAGUUAAACAGAGCUCUGUAAAUUGUCACAAAUGUUCAUUUUACUUUGGUUUUUCUUUUUGUUGUUAACCAAUUGGUUGCGAUCUAUUAUAUCUUCGAAUCUAUUAGAUUUUACAAUCUAUUAUCUUUUGAGGGCAAUGAUUGUGUCACUUUGGUUGGUAUAAUAAAUAUUAUAUAGUGGGGGGAAAUUUGAAUAAGGUAGGGAUUUUUUUUUAAGUAUAUGAUGUCAGAAAUCCAUGGAAAUAAAGCAUAUAUCUUCUAUCGC